AUGACCCUGAGGGCUGUGGUGCUGGGAGUGCAGAACAUGAACUUUGCGGACGUGGCCGUUGCCUUCUCUCUGGAGGAGUGGGAGCUCCUGGAUGAGGCUCAGAGACUCCUGCACUGCGAUGUGAUGCUGGAAGUGUUUGCACUUGUCUCAUCUGUUGGUUGUUGGCAUAAAAUGGAAGAUAAGGCGACACAUUCUGAGCAGAGUGUAUCUCUACAAGAAGAGUCUUCUUCUGAGACAGCUUCAGCUACUCAGACCACCCAUCUCUGUAAGAAGUGUUUCUCAGUGUUGAAAGACAUUCUGCACAUGACUGAGUCACAAGCAGCAGACUUUGAGCAGAAAGCCUUCUUCAGUGAUGCAUGUGUGAGAGGCUUCUGUUUCACUGCAGUCCCUCAUGAGCAACAGAGGGUUUUCGGUGGAGAGAAGUUCUGGAAAGAAGCUAUGGACAGGACCUCGUUUGUGAACAGGUUCAUCUUGCACUUAACAUGGGUGCCUUCAAUGAGUAGGGAGGUUGGGAAAGUCUUUCCUGCCAUCUCAGAUCUUCCUCAGAUCCGAGAAACUCUCAAGACUGAGGAGCCACCAGGUAGCAGUGAGAUUACACAGGAAUUUUUCAGUGGAAAAUGUCACCAUCAUUGGGGUGAAGGUAAAACAGCAGCCGGCAUCAACCAGAAAGUUGUUCAGCAUCAGAGUAUCUGCUCUGGAGAAGUGAAUUUUGAGGGUAACAAAUGUGGAAAGUGUUUUAGAUGUACCAUGAACCUCAAUCAAAAAAGGGAAAUUCCCACUGGAGAAAAUCCCUAUGAAUGUACUGAUUGUGGAAAGUUCUUUAGACAAAGGUCUAUCCUCAUUCAACACCACAGAGUUGACACUGAAGAAAAAUCGUGUGAAUGCAGUGAAUGUGAGAAAUCUUCUAGCUGCAAAACUAGCUUGGUUACACGCCAGAGAGUUCAUACUGGCGAGAAGCCAUAUGAGUGUACAGAUUAUGGGAAGACCUUCAGUCAUAGCUCAAGUCUCAUUCAACAUCAGAGAGUUCAUUCUGGAAAAAAGCCUUAUGAGUGUAGUGAAUGUGGGAAGUCCUUUAGUGAAAGAUCUUGCUUAAAUGUGCACCACAGAAUUCAUACUGGAGAAAAACCAUAUAAGUGUAGUGAUUGUGGGAAAUCUUUUAGGUCCAGUACUCACCUUCGUAUCCACAAGAGAGUUCACACUGGAGAGAAGCCUUAUGAGUGUAGUGAUUGUGGAAAGUCCUUCAGUAUGAGCUCUACCCUCAUUCGCCACCAAAGAGCUCACACUGGAGACAAGCCUUAUGAGUGUAGUGAAUGUGGGAAGUCCUUUAGAGAAAGAUCUGGUUUAAAUAAUCACCACAGAAUUCACACUGGAGAAAAGCCAUAUGAGUGUAGUGAUUGUGGGAAAUCGUUUAGGACCAAUACUCACCUUCAUAUGCACAAGAGAGUUCACACUGGAGAGAAGCCAUAUGAGUGUACAGACUGUGGAAAAUCCUUCAUUUUUAGCUCUACCCUCAUUAAGCACCAGCGAGUUCACACUAGAGAAAACCCAGCUGUGUGCGGUGACUGUGGGAAAUCUUUUAGGUGCAAAAGUCAACUUCAAAACCACAAGAGAGUUCAUACUGGAGAGAAACUAUAUGAGUGCACAGCAUGUGGGAUGUCCUUCAGGAGUAGCUCUAAUCUAAUUCGACAUAAGAAAAUUCACACCGGAGAAAAGCCGUAUGUCUGUAGUGACUGUGGAAAUUCCUUUAGGCGGAAUGCUCACCUCCUUAGGCACAAGAAAGUUCAUACUAGAGAGAAGUCAUGA